AUCAAUCGUAUUUCAAUAGAUUAAGUAUUCCGUUUGUAUUUUUAGCUACGCGUUAACGUGACUCUUUGCAGUGCUAGCAAACAUUGUUAGUAUUAUCUAGCUAGCUAGUUAGACUUCCUAUCAAGUUAAUUUCGCUCUGGCAAGCUUGCUACUACUAGCCUAUAGCUAGAAACACCCACUGCCUUAGCUAUCAGCGAUCUAGCCUGUUCUUAACAAGCUAGCUAGUUACAUUAUAUAUCUGGUCCACGAUGUUAUGUUCGGUUUGAGUGUUUAACGCCAUGCAGCGUUCAAAAAAAAAAUCCUCCUAUUAUCUUGCCUGGCCUUGUUGGUGUCUGAAAGUUGAUUACAUUCGAUUUAGAACCAGACUGACUCCCGGGUAUGAGCCAUGUGACGUAAUUAAGCAUGAGCGGUAAUUAGUAGGAUUCAGUGUUUUCCCAUGCAAAAGUGAUUGCUUUUGAUAAAAACACUUUAUCGAGUUAAAAAAUGUGAACAUGUAUGUAGGGAAAUCAGUGGAAUUAGAGUAUGGGCAUUCGUGACAGGGAGAAGCAUUCAUCCAUGAUUUAUACAGAGGGCCGUAUCAAAGAUGUCCAUGAACCUAGACCCAAACUGUCAACACUCAGUUCAGCCUCAUCCAUUAAAAAGUGGAUCCCAAGCAUCAAGAAUGAAAUCGAGUAUUAUCUGCAGCAGUCCCAGUUGUCUCACUACCCUGAGAGGAAGAUAGCAGAGUUCCAGCUGAGCAUCCAGGGGCUGGAGAAAGAGUAUAAACGCUUCAUCUAUAAACUGAAAGCCCUGGACCCGACCUGUAAACACCAGCCCUGGACACCUAGAGCAUACACCAAGAGGAGUGCAGACACACACAUCUCCCACAACACCGCCAAGAAACCAUGCGGUCUCCAGUCAUGUGAUAUGAGCAGGCCGGUGGGUGGAUCACAGAGUAACUGGGUCGUUGAAAGAUCAGGAAGUGAAGCAACCUCAGCCUCUGAGAACAAUGUACACUUCCACCAAUCAGGGACUUUCCUCAGCCCAUUUCCAGUUGACCUGACUAAUCCCAGCCCAGAGUCCACCAAUCCAGAUCAGGACCAGCCCCUGACCUUUGAUCGCACCCGUCUGGCGGUGGUUCUAGCAGGGUCCAGAGGCCCAUUACAACCAGGGUCGUCUCACACUCAGAGUAUGGCCAGGGUGCUGCUCUCUGGGCUACCCAACCUCCACAGCUCUCCACUGGGAAGGGCCAUUGCUGCACAGGACAGAGACAAUACAGGGGGAGAGAGACUAGACAGCACAGGAGCAGGAGGAGCCCAUAGCAUCGUUAAUGAUGAAAAGAGCACAGGGCAUGUACUGGGACUAGGCUGCUACUCCUCCUCAGACGAUGAAGACAACACAUGACAAGGCUUUGUUAUUAGCACUGGAUCUCUGAUCACUACUCAGAACUCAAUCUGCCAUUCAUGGACAUCCCAUGCUCCAGUACUUGUCCAUUUUACCGUGAACUCCAAUCAGCUGUUGUGAACCACAGGUUCUUUCUUUUCUUAUUGUACAUUAUGUAGAUACACAAUAAAAAUGGCAAUGAUACAAUGUA